CUUUGACUCAUGCUUGAAGAAACCACCCAUGCUCUUUCCAACGGGUACCAUUCAUGCACAAGCACGCACAAAAUGACAAGAUUCCAUCCGUCUCAAAGAUAAGACUUGUCCAUCCGGUCAAGGCCUUCCUCAGAGCUUGGCACACUGCCCAGCGUUCGUCAUGCCGGGGUUGGCAAGAACUGCUUGCUGGCGGUGCCGUGAGCAAAAGUUGCGAUGUUCGAGAGAAUUCCCAAGCUGUGCACGUUGCACAAGACUUGGUACCGUUUGCGCAUUUCCGAAUCCUCCAGAUCGCAAAGUACUCGCUGCCUUCCGUGCACAGUCCAGGAAGAAGAGGGCAGAUGAAGCGAGGACAGACUCAUCUCGCGGGGAGGCCGAUUCAUCCAAUCUUGUCACUUCAACUUCUUCAUCUCAUCGUAUCAAUAUAGAUGCAACCGUCCCAGAGAGUAUGCAUACCUCCACUGGCACGUCGCUAUCUCCUCCGGUGCAGAAAUUCCUCCAAGAGGUGUAUUUCAGCUGCAUUUACAAUUCAACCCUCAUGUUCCAUCGGCCUACUUUCACUCGGCUUUUUGACGACGGUAAAGUACCAUCUCAUACCAUUCUCGCAAUGUAUGCGACUGCAACAAUCUUCUUGACUCCCUCGUCCAAAGUUUUACAGGAGAAUCUGGACCUGAUACGACCUUUGGGUGACAUGCGGAGCCUGGGCAGACAAUGGGCCAUCCACGCUGGCAAGCAAGUCCUUCAGGACAUUGAUCAGCCCACCUUCGAAAGUGUCGGAACAACCCAAAUGUUGGCCAUAUAUUGGUUUCAUGCUGGCGAGUGGCAGCGGAACACAAUGUUCUCGGGUAUCGCGUACAAGGCAGCGUGCACGGUAGGUUUGGACCUCAGCAAUAAGACGUCUUUCUACGAGCCAGAAUUCAAUCCCGGCACAGAAGGGACAACAGAGUGGCUGGAGAUUGAGACAAAGCGGCGAUGCUUUUGGGCAGUCUGGUUCACACAAUGUGUUAACGCGGAUCAUCGUUUCAUGGGCGGCUCGUAUGAUGGUAGUGUGAUAGGUCUCCCACUGCCUAUAGCAGAGACAUCGUUCGAGAGAAUGGUGAGGGAGCCUCUUUUGACUUUAUCCACUAUUCUCCACCGUCCCCAGCAGAGGGAAAUACAAAUGUCAGGGACGCCCAGCAUCAUGGCCGAGCUCAUGUUCUUGAUGUGGAAUUGGGCGAAAAUUCGCGACCUAGUUCGAACCACAGAUCGUAUGGCUGUCAAGGAUUGGCUGGCAGAGCUCUUUUCCUUGGACGGAUCUCUGUCGACAUGGAUCACGCGUCUGCCCGACUGCUUCAGGUAUUCAAAAAGAACCCUAUAUGAGCAGUUGGUUGUCAACCAUCAGCCGGUAUAUGUGUUUGUUUACGCGCUGUAUCAUCAGUGUAAGCUCGUGCUGCAUUCGUCAUUGGUUCCACAGUUCAGCGGUGUCCGUCUUUACGAGACGCCUCCCACUGAAGCAGCAAAUCUCAGCGCACGGAUAGCCUUGAAGAGUGCCCAAAGUCUCUCGGAGCUGGGCUCUGAUCUACUGGCACUCGACUGGGACCCGGCUCAGAUUCCGGCUUUUGUUGGGUAUUGUAUGUAUGUUUCGGCAUGGAUAAACAUUACCCUUCUUUCCUCCACCGAUACCGCAAUUGCAGCCCUUGCACAAAAGAACUUGAUUUACAAUUUGAAGUUGCUCAAGUCGAUGAAACCAUACUGGGCGAAUCUAGAACGGUUGUGGACUCGCAUCAAUAUGCUCUACAAUGCUCAGACGGGGGGACAACACCGACCAUCGUCGAUUCAUCCAGCCAUCACGGGGUCUACUACUGACCCACAAUCGCCGUCUAGUAAUGGUCUCGACGAACAAUUUGCUGCUGCUGGUGGUGGUGGCCGGCCUCGCGAGACCGGGCAACAACUAUCUGAACCUCUAGCUGACUCGGUCAUGCAGUAUACACUUCGGCGACUGAGACCAGGGUCCAAUGUGUUCCCAUCUACGUUGCGAGAUAUCGAAGCCACCGCUGAGGCGGAGGCGUUGGAUGCGCUCCUUUUGGGAGACAAAGUUAAGAAUAAUCCGACGCAUGUAAUGGCGGAUAAUAGUCGGGGGCCUCCUGACCACAGCCAGCCUCCUCUACCUACGACACUUGACGGUAACAACACUACCGCCGGCCUCGCUGCUGCACGUGGAUCAGAGACCGAGAUGAGAAGUCCUAUCAUACCGGACUUGCAGGGAAGCAACUUUGAUUCGUGGCAUCCCAAUCUGGACAACAUUCAACCACCACCAGGACCCUACAAUGACAUAUUCGACCUAGAUUUCAGUACUUGAACGGGUAACUAAACUUGGCAAACUCUGGGAAAAGGGCAACGCAUGUACACGCUUAUGUGUUUGUGUCCUUUAAGUCUGACGACAUCCAAGGUAAAGCUUAAGCAGUGAUGAUACUCUGUACAUGAUGUUGUACGCAUGUAUUCCAAAAGUUUCUUAUAACAACGCGCUUGAUGAACAAGGUACGAGUACCAAGCACACAAUUGACGCCACAUUAAACCCAACGCCACACUGUACCGAGUGUACGUCCUCAAAAGAGAUACCCAAUACAUACACAGCCCCAAAUACACGCGCGUACAAGCACACUAAAUCUCCCAAACGCAACAAAUGGGGUAUUUUGGUAUCAUAGAAUGGCUUUGGCAGCGG